AUUUUUAUGAUUUUCACAGAAGUUUAAUGCCUUUCAGAAAAUGUUCUACUUUAAAUAUAUAAACAUACAAUAUAUCAAAUGAAAGGACAGACCUCUGCUUUCAAACAACAACAAAAAAGUUUCACCAUAUCUUUAUUCGUUCUCUUUUUAUUACCUCUCAAAUAUGGGUAAAUUUCUUCAAAAAUAUGAAAUUUUGAACAAAAAGUUGAGAUAAUUGCAUUUUUGUAAAUUUUUUAACUUAGUUAGAAAUCAGAUUCAGAGUGGUAAUCAAAACAUACAUGAAGUUUAAUUGUUUUUUGCCUUAGUGGAUGCUUCCAUGUUUUAUAAGUUCUUUAAGAGCGCCACCUGGUGAAUAACAGCGGACAUAUGGAUUGACGGGAAACAUUUUCUCUUAAUUGACGAGAUGGCAGGGGAAUGGCGUUAAAGUUAUCAUAAAUAUUUGUAAGAUUCACUUUAUUAGGAUUUGUCUUGAUACAGUCACUGUUACGAAAAUUAACCAUGGUUUUACUACACUAACCACAUUUUAUCGAUGGUUUUUGUUGCAAAACCAUAGUUAUUUUGUGGUUACCAUGGUUUACAGUUCCAGUGUUGUUUGUUUAGCGGUAUCUAGCGGUGAAAUUGCGAAUUGCAACCAACCUUAAUUUCAAAACGCAAAGAUAAACUAUGGUAGCUGCCAUAAGACAAACAUGUCGUCUAGGGAUGCACCGAUAGGAUUUUUUUGGGCCGAUACCGAUUUAAACAGACAACUUCUGGCCGAUACCGAUAUUAAACAAUUGUAUACAACACUAUACAGUUGGUCUAUUAGCUAGUUUAUUUCUGCAUCAAAUUAUUUUUACUGAACAUGGAUUGGAUCUGAUUAACAUUCAACUGACCAACAUAAUAAGAGAGGCACAAAUUAAGCUAAAACAAAUAUAAUAAGACAACAUGACAACCUUCAAAGGUGGUUUUUGCUAUUCAGCAUUUAUUUUAUUAACAACAUUAACUCAUUUUUUACAUAUAAUGGAUUUCUUUAUGCAGGUAAUUAAUAAACAAUCGGUAUCGGCCUUUCUCGUGCUUUUGCCGAUAUGCCGAUGGUUUCAAAUUCAUAAAAAAUCGGCCGAUAAAUAUCGGCGGCCGAUACAUCGGUGCAUCACUAAUGUCGUCUUUUGUGUUUGUGUGUAGGUCCUACGGCAUAGCUUCGGCAUCAUAGGCUACGCAACAGUUUUUAAAUAUAUUUCUGCGUUGUCGUCCACAGUAGCAGUGCAACAGCAAAAAAAGCAGCUUGGCCAGUAAACCCACAAACUAAGUAAAAGCAGCAGCUUUUGUAUGAUUUGAGAAGACCAGCAGUGAUGGAAAGUAAAUAGUCAGUGACUUUUGUUGCAGUUUGAGUUAAAUAUAUCACUCCUCAGUUGUCCCAUCUUUGUUCUUGCCGUCACAAACGGAAAUGCCUAUAAAGAAAUGUGACGCAUAUAUUUUUUUUAACUGACUGGAGGGUUCUAGUGGACCAAACACAGUCGCAUAGAACAGGCGUGUUGUUCAAAUUUUGGGGAGGGGCAAGUCAGGCUACACAGAACAACGCACAGCCUACGUGUAGCACCUAUGCACAACUAUAAAUUACACUUAGACUCGUGGUUUUUGUAGAUAGUAACCAUGUUUUUUUUAACUGUAGUAAAACCAUGGUUAUUUUUGAAGGGGGUAGAAGUUCAUACAACUGUCUUUCCUCAAAGAUGGCAGCCAUGCUGUUUGAAUGAAUCCUAUAUAUAAACAUCCUUUAAUAUGUCAUUUAAAUGAAUGCUUGUUUGUUUUGUAAAAAGUAUGUUUUUUUGAAAUAGCUAUUAAUAAAAAAAUUGCUUUAACUAGUAAUCCCAGUGUUGGCGGUGUUAAUGGCAGUCAUGGGGUGGGGCAUAUGUUUGAAAUAUGGACAGUGCAAAGAUAGAUGCAUAGUUUUUUUCCUAAAUAUUAAUAUGCAGAUCUGUUACAUUCUGCCUGUACAGUGUGAUCUUUCAUAUACAGAUGGGACACGUGAGCUCACAGUCCUAAAAAAUAUCUCUCUAGUUUUGGCAUUUUCACAGAACACACUAUUUGAGAUUGGCAGAUCAGGAAAAAAUACAUUGUGCAACCACUUUUAUAUAAGGGUCAUCAAGACAACCAUCAAGGACACAUUAUAAUAAGGAAUUUAGUUGCCGUCAUCAUCAUCACCAUCAUCUCUUCUCAGGAUCUUUAUCAUAGUUGUCAUCAUCAUCAUCAUCAUCUCCCCCUCAUCAUCAUCAUCAUCAUCAGAGCCAUUAUAGUCAUCAUCAUUAUCAUUAGGCUGGGUAAUCAUCCACCCGGGGUUUCUGAAACGGCCAAUAUAAAGGGUCGUUCGGGCUUCAGACACGAUAGAGUAUGUGCAUGAGGACGGAGCUGGAAGGAAUUGUUGAGAAAGACAGUGAGCAGAAACACUGCAGCUUUGUGUUUUUUUUUCCUUUAUUUUGAUCAAAAUCUUUUUCCCAUUCUGGAUCAGUAGCUGACAUCAGCCUGCCUGGUUUUCCCCUUGGAGACGAAGAGAGCUCCCCCUUCAGCCGUCUCAGCAUGGAGAGCGACGCCGACGACCUGCGUGCAGCCGAAAGUGAACAGGAGGAGGGGGUUUCUGAGCCUUCAUUUCCCUCUUACCUGUCUUGCAGGGGCUGCAGUCAGCUCCUAGAAGACCCUCUGGGACCCAGCAUGGACUUGGUGGGUCCCUACUGCAUGCGUUGCUGCAAAGGGAGCCUAAACGCCAUGGUGGACAGGAAGCUUUGCUCAGACUUAAGCUUGUCAGCGGAGUGUGGAGAAGGAGGGAACGAGAGCGCGGGCGGUGACGAUGGUUCGAUGAAGCUCCACUCAUGCACACUUUGUGGUUUUACAUCACGUUAUACGAACCACGUUAAGAGGCACAUGAAAACGCACAAUGGGGAAAAGCCGUACGGCUGUCCGCUCUGCUCUUAUGCGUCGGCACAGCUGGUCAACCUGCAGAGGCAUUUGCGCAUACACACCGGGGAAAAGCCCUAUAAGUGCAACCAUUGCACAUUUGCAUGCAGUUCCUUAGGGAACCUUAAGAGGCACCAACGCAUGCAUACAGCUGUAAGCCCUGGUCAGUGUCCCCCUCAUCCAAUAAGUGGCAACAGUUUGAAUCGCCCAGCAGCACUUACGAGAGAUAAAGAAGUGGAUGGCGGCCCAAACGAAGAUGUCGACUCACGUCCUCAUUUGGGAAGGGGCGGAAGCUACUUGCCAAGCUUUGAAGGCAUCAGGAUGGUGCAGCAGUCAUCCGCAGAACAGCCUGCUUCCGAACCCCCCAUGUUCUUCCCCUUCACCUGCCGACUGUGUGGCAUGGCCCUUGAUGAUGAGGAUGGAUCCUCAGCCCAAAUCUGUGCCAAAUGCACACUGGAGAUGCUGACUAAGGACACGGCCGGUUGCCCCGCCGAGCGAGGCGACAAGGUCUACACCUGCGCCGCUUGCCCCUUCCUCACCCACUACCCCAACCACCUGGCCCGCCACAUGAAGACCCACAGCGGGGAGAAGCCAUACAAAUGCCCGCAAUGUGACUACGCCUCCGCUCACUUUGACAACCUGAAGCGGCACCAUCGAGUACACACCGGCGAAAAACCCUAUAAGUGCCACCUAUGCGACUACGCCUGCGGGAACCUGGCUAACCUCAAGAGGCACCAGCGGGUGCACUCCGGCGCCAAACCUUUUCAGUGCGCCAUCUGCAACUACAGCUGCAACCAGAGCAUGAACCUGAAGCGGCACAUGUUGCGCCAUACGGGGGAAAAGCCCCAUAAGUGCCAAGAGUGCGGCUACACCACCGGACACUGGGACAAUUAUAAACGACACCAGAAGAAGCACAGCCUCGCCGCCGACGGAUGGGUUAAAGUACAAAUGCCUGAAAAUGAGGAAGAGGUGGAAGAUGAGGAAGAGGUGUAGCCUUACUAGACGAGUGUGAUGUUUAAGUACUGUAUGAAGACUGUGAGGUUUAAUUUUAAAGCAGAUGUCCGUAAGUUGUUAAUGUAACUGCAUAAGCUUUGCUGGUUGUUGUUCUUUUGCCUUGUACCCAGUAUUAUUUUACAAAUUUCUUGAAAUAUCCUAAAGCUGCUACAUAAAUGCACAGUUUUAAAGACAGUUAUCCGAAUGUCUAAAUGCCUUUGGAAUAAGGCUGUUGUGUUACCCAAACCUCUCUCAGAGCUCUCCGAGCCUGAUCUUGGUUUAUAUAUCAGUGCCAAACAGAUAUUAUUGCACCACUGCCAUAAUAAAGAUCCUGUUUUUCAUUGCAUGCCCACUUACUAGAUGUUUACUUUGUUAACUUAAGUUUUUAUGCACUGUAAAAAAAAUACAAAGUUGGUUCAACUUCGUAAAGUAAGCAACCUGGUUGCCUUAAAAUAAAAAAGUAAGUUACCUUUGCCUUAAAAUUUUUAGUUAAUUCAACAAAAAAAAUGUGUCAACUAAUAUUUUUAUGUUGCAACCAGGUAACUUAGUUUUUAAAGGGGACAUUUUACAAGACUCUUUAAAGAUGUAAAAUAAACCUUUGGUGUCCCCAGAUUACAUAAGUGAAGUUUUAGCUUAAAAUAUUAUAUAGAUGAUUUAUUAUAGCAUGUUUAAAUUGCCACUUUGUAGGUGUGAGCAAAAAUGUGCUGAUCAUUGCACUAAAUAACAGUGCUGUGGUUGGAUGGUGCAGAUUAAGGUGCGGUAUUAUCCCCUUCUGACAUCACACAGGGAGCCAAAUUUCAAUGAGCUAUUUUUUCACAUGCUUGCAGAAAAUGGUUUACCAAAGCUAAGUUACUGGGUUGAUCUUUUUCCCAUUUUGUAGGUUGAUAAAAGCAAUGGGGACCCAAUUAUAGCACUUGAACACAGAAAAAGUCAGAUUUUCAUGAUAUGUCCCCUUUAAAGUUGAACCAACAAUUCUUUUUUUACAGUGUUUGAUGUCCUUAUUUUCCAUCACAGACUUUCUCAAUCAAGUUUGAGAAAAUGCCUUUACAGAUCAAUGUUAUUUUAUUACAUAAUGUUUAAAGCUUUGAUCAUCUUAUUUGGUCUGAAUAACUAAAGGGGGAAGGAGGGUUUGUGUGUCUUGUUGUUGUUUUUGUGUGUAUUUUAUUGAAUGUGAAAUGCCAUGUGUCUGAGUUUACUUGAAGCAAAAUGGUGCAUAGUGGAUGUCUGUAUUGAAACGUAUAGCUUUUAUUUUUGUAUGUGAUCUUAUUUUCAUCUCUAAGGAAUGUUUGGCAUGAACUUGUGGCAUAGUUAUCAUGAAGGAUUAAAGUGACCGUUAAACUAUUAUGCAGUUAAACUUUCAGGUUGCCAAAAAAAGACUGAAGUUUAAGAUAGAAAUUAUACAGUACAGUAGGUGUGUGGUGCUUGAUUUUUUUUGUAAUUAUGCAGUGGUUUCAUUAAUGCCUUAAAUAUCUUAAAAUAAAAUAUUUUGUGUUGCCAUUUGUA